AUGAAAAAAAGGUGAUACAACGCUAUUUUUAAUUGGGCCGAAUAAAGUACGUUUGGGCUUUGCAUUCAUAGUGAAAUGAUGAUUGGAGCGAGAAGCAUCUUCUCCGGCAAUCGCCGGUGGGCGAUUACGAGAGUCAUUAGCCGGCGAAUCCAUGGCACAAGUGAUAUUACUGUUCCAAAACUGUCAGAUUUCUCCAUCUUAUCUCCCAAAAAAGUUGAGGUAGAGUACGCAGACGGCACUAAGUUCAAUUUCUCAUCUGAGUUUCUGAGAGUCCAUAGUCCAGCUGCUGAUGGAAAAGUCAGAUCAAUCGGUGGUGAAAAGGUGAUAUCUGGAAGGCGGUAUGUAGGAAUCAUGUCUGCAGAACCGGUUGGAAACUACGGGGUAAGGUUAGUGUUUGAUGACUUGCAUAGAACAGGGAUAUAUCCAUGGGAUUAUAUCUACGAGCUUGGGAGCAAUAAGUUUGGUCUCAUGCGAAACUAUAUCAAGACUCUUCAAAAGCAUCAUCUCAGCCGUGAACCACCACCUCCUCCUCAGAGACGAAGAUGAUUCUGAUCGAAGUCUUUGAUAGAAUCCUUCUUUUUGCAGAAACAUGGAAUCUUGUUUUGUUUCAGAGUUUGCUGUUUUUGAUUGCCUUUAUUCAGUUGUUUUCAAAACUAAUAUUUGUAAAGAAAAUAUUAUCCCAGUUAGUAUCAUCAAAUAGAAUUUGUAAUUUCUUGUGA